AUGCGAUCAUGGACGUAUAUUCAGCUUCUGUCUGGACUUGCAUGUCUAGCAGGUGCGGAAUAUUACGUAUUGAUGGCAGGUGAAAAGGGCAAUAAGGGAAAUAUAGAAAUUUAUAAUGGCACAACCUGGUUUGACCUAUGUCCGGACGGAUGGGAUGACUCUGACGCGUCAGUCAUGUGUCGUAUGCUGGGAUACUCAGGUGACAGUGCUAACGCUAGCGUUAAUAAUGACAAUGUAACGGUUUCUUCCCUGGGACAAGACAAAUUUGAUUGUGAUGGUAGCGAAACAUCUCUUGACGAUUGCCCAACAAGUAGUAAUAAUGCCACUGCUUGUGAAAAUACUACUCGUUCGCACCUAUCAUGUGCUGAGGUUCCUGAGCCUAAUGAUUUCUUCCUUAUGUCGUUUGGAUCUGUGAUCACAAAAAUGAAUCGAGCGACUGGUAGUCUGUCCAUGGUGCAAGCUGGAACAAUCUCACAUGUCGUUGUUAUUACUUAUGACCAUGCACAAAACGACAUCAUUUGGACGGACAAUGUUUUGAGACAGAUAGCGAAGUGUGAUCUCAAUGGAGGGAAUAUAACCGUAAUUUUCCAGACUGGAAACGAUAGUGUCAUGGACGGCAUUGCUAUUGAUGUAGAAUCUCGACUGAUCUUUUACACUGACACAGGAUAUGAUGAAAUCGGAGUAAUCAAUGCCGACACAUAUGACAGAACCGUUUUGAUCAAUACCGAUCUGGAUGAGCCAAGAGCCAUUGUUUUGGAUACCACGACAAGAGAAAUUUUCUGGACGGAUUGGGGAACUAAUGCAUCAAUUGUAAAAGCAAAUUAUGACGGUUCUGGUAGAACUAGUAUUGUCAGUACGGGACUUGGCUGGCCAAAUGCUAUGGUGCUCGAUGGUGACGUGUUGAUAUGGUGCGAUGCUCAAACGGAUGUUUACGAAAGCGUAUAUAGAAACGGCACAGGGAGAACUACAUUGUUAUCAUUAUCUGGCACUCACUGCUUUGCGUUUACCAUCUACGAAGAUUACUUAUAUGUUAAUGACUGGUUGGUUUCAAGAGUUAUUCAAGUGAAAAAGGAUGGGUCCAAUGCUGUUACCUUUGGACCAGAGUUGUCCAAACGAUAUGGAAUAUUUCACUACAUAAAAGGUAAUAUCAAAUAAAGUGGUAAAGACGUCUUGUAUUCGUUAAAUAUUUGUUCAUGUGAUAAUUUCAGUCACAAAAUUCUACUCAUUUUACGGAAAAUGUACUUGAAAUUGUUACCUCCUUUAAAAUGCAUUGUGUGAAGAAGGAAACUUAAUUAUCAUAUCGCGUAAAUGUUUCUUAAAUGAUAGUAUUGUAAAUUCAUCGUA